UUUGAGUUUGGGAGGCAUUUUACAUGGCAAGCACAGUUUAGUCGUUCGGAACGUCUCGAUGUUGUUGGAUUACGAAGUUGCACCUUCAGUUUAGCCAAAGUUACUUUACUUUAGCGGAAAACGACUUUCGCUUCUGCGCUAUUUGCUAAAAGAGACAAAAACAGAAGUAAUGGACUUGAAAGUCGAGGAUCGGGGAGAACAGCUGCUCGGUAGUCCUUCCGAAAGAGGUGAGGGUCAGCACACACAGAUCGUAAAUGGACUAAAUCGAGUCGCAAAGAAAAUACCACUGGGCGAACAAUCACGUGCAGUGCACCGCCAGGCAUUGAUGGUUAUACUGGCCAAUAUGGGUGUAGUAUCGACUGGCUUAGCCCUAGCUAUUCCUACAGUUUCACUGCGCCAGCUGACUAGCGAACUGGAACCUGUAUAUUUGAAUGACACACAAGCGUCCUGGUUCGCUGCCAUCAAUACAUUAUCUUCUCCAUUGGGUGGCCUAUUGUCGGGUUUGCUGCUCGAUAGAAUUGGACGUAAGCGAACUCUCUAUGUGCUAAAUGUUCUAGCCAUCACGGCUUGGACUCUGCUUGCCACACCGAGCUCAACAAGUUCAGAAGCAUUUUACUGGCAGUUGCUCGUAUCACGGUUCAUUAUUGGAAUAGCCAUGGGUCUAGCUAGUGCGCCUUCUGGUGUUUAUGCGGCUGAAAUUAGCUUGCCCAAGUUACGUGGCAGCCUUAUACUUGGUACCUCCAUAUCAGUGGCUUUGGGCAUCACGAUUCUGUAUAGCAUUGGUUACUUCAUACGGGAUAAUUUUCGACUCAUUGCGCUUAUUUGCUGUUGCUAUCAGAUUACCGCUUUGCUUUGUGUGCUCCCAUUGCCAGAGUCGCAUAGUUGGUUGUUAUCUAAGAAGCGUGUGGAGGAGGCUAAGAAGUCACUUAAUUAUUUUCGUGGGCUCAACAAGUCAUCACACAUUGCACAUAAUGAAGUUUUGGAGGAGUUUAAUAUUUUGCAAAAGUCACUGCAACUCCGUGAUGGUGAGAGGAAGCCCUCUUUCUUAAGCUGCCUAAAACUACCUGAGGUAUACAAGCCGCUGCUGAUUCUGAUGGGUUUGUUCGCCUUUCAGCAGCUUUCGGGAAUUUUCGUGGUCAUUGUGUACGCCGUUCAAAUCUCCACUGAAGCAGGUGUCUCGAUUGAUCCGUUUAUGUGCGCCGUUCUCAUUGGAACAGCGAGGGUAGUGACAACUUGUCCCAUGGGCUAUGUGCUAGAAAAGUGGGGUCGGCGACGUGCUGGAAUCAUUUCAACUUUUGGCAUGACCGUCUCCAUGUUACUCCUGGCUGGUCAUGGUUGGUUUGAAACUCUUCAAAGCAUACCUUACCUACCAGUCAUAGCUAUUGUAAGCUUCAUUGUACUUAGCACACUUGGUCUAUAUACUCUGCCUUUCUUCAUGAUUUCGGAGCUGUUUCCUCAAAAAGUGCGUGGUCCGGCUUCAGGUCUAACUGUGGCAGUGGGUAUGUUCUUUGCCUUUUUGUGCAUCAAAAUAUAUCCGGACUUAAAGUCGAGCAUUGGAAUGAACAACUCUUUUGUGUUCUUUGGUGUAAUGUCUUUCUUGGCUAUGGCAUUCAUCUAUUGGAUCCUGCCCGAAACACGCCGACGCACUCUUUUGGAGAUCGAGGAGCAAUUUCGUACUAGCCAGCAGAAAAGGAGACUGACCGAAGUUGAAAUGCAAGAGGUUUUCCUAGGGAGAUAAGAGGCAGACAAAUAAACAGUAAAUCAAUAUUGAAUAGACGCGGGCUUUGUGCUGUGAUACAUACAUUUACAUACAAUUUAAAGCUUACAGAUAUUAAUAAUGUAAUUUAUUUCAACAGUCUAACACCACCACUUUAUAUAAAAAAGAUUAAAACGCCCCUUCUCCGUAUAGCAUUAACACUAGAGCCUCUCGCCAACGAGUGCCGCCUCUACCAAAACCGCCACUGCACUCCCUAUUAUUCAAUCGCAAUUUAGAUUUUUCGAACAGAGCACAAUGCACGCAUUUGAAUGAUUGUGUGCACGUAAUCAGGUGAAAUUCGUGCGCUUGGCGCUGCUUGCCACGUGCUUUUGCAAAUUGGCCAAACGUUUUGUUUAAUCAUUUCUGUUUUACUUAAUGGAUUUUAAUUUGGAGAAUUCAAAAUAAGCCUAAAAAUUUAAAUUGUAUAAGAUUUACACAAUAGCCAAAUUUAAAAUUUGACGGCUCUAGCUCGUAAGCCGAGAUUAUAAUUUAAUAACUGCAUUUCGAUCAUGUUUUUAAUCGAUAACAACAAAACG